UGCCAGAACAAAGAUUAAACAAAAAGCCUAAAACCCGACCCCACAACAGACAAAUCCUCCCCAAAAUCUCGCCAUAUAAAUCAGAAAACCUUUCUUGACCUGGUAAAACCUCGUCCCACCACAACUCAACCUCAAUUUCUCUUCACAUUUUGCAAAUUUCAAUGCAUUUCUUGCAUUUUUUCAUACCCAUUUACCCAUUUUUUGAUACUCAAUUACCCGUUUAGAGAACCAUUAUUAUCGCAUUUAUGAGUUAGGUCUUUUCUACCAGUUUGACUGCAUUUGGUUGAUUUUCAAGAGUGUUGUUUUGGUAAAGCUACUUGCUCAUCUUUACUUGAUCUCGUCUUUUAUAUUUGACAAAUUCCAAAUUUCUGGUAUUAUUAUUAAUUAGAAGAGGAGUUUCUAUUUAUAAGGUAAAAUUCAAGUUGUGGGUAUUAAUUGGCUUAAAGGUUUGAUCUUUUUUGAUUUUGUACUAAUUUUGCAUAUGGGGAUUUGAGCCAUUGUUUUGUUUAAGCAAAUUGAAGCUUCUGUAAUUCACAUUUAGUUGAAAUUGGGGUGUAAUUUUGCUUUCAAUUUAGAUCAAUUAAGUUUAGUUGAUUUGAGUUGGAUUUGAAGGGUUUGACUUUGUGGGUUGAUUGGAUUUGUGAUCUGAUCUUAGAUUGUAAUUUAUUUGAUUAGGAGUUUGAUAGCAUUGGAUCUUGAUGUUAAGGAUAGAGGGUGUAAUAAAAAUAAGUUGAUUUUGGGGGGGGGGGGGGAAUAGAUGGGAAAUACUUGUGUUGGACCUUCAAUAUCUAGGGAUGGGUUUUUGCAAACAGUUUCAGCUGUAGUAUGGCGAAGCAGGUCGCCGGAUGAUGCAGCUUCUAUUUCAAAUGGAGGAAGCCAGCAUGAACCACCUUCACCAUCUCCUGCACCUAAUGAAAGUGAAGCGCCUUUGUCAACCCAAAGUGAACCCCCUAAGCAGAUCACAAUGCCAAAGCCAGAAACUGAGCAAACCCCAGUGUCGAAACCGGAAGUUGAACCAAUGGUAAUACCGAAAGCAGAAGCUGAACCAGUAGAGCAAGCUAAACCUAAGAAACCCAUUCAGUUUAAAAGAGCACCAAGUGCAGGGCUACGAGUGGAAUCUGUCUUGCUAAAGAAGACAGGGAAUAUUAAGGAGUUUUACAGUUUGGGCAGGAAAUUAGGACAAGGACAAUUUGGGACUACAUUCAUGUGUAUAGAGAAGGCUAGUGCGAAGGAGUUCGCCUGUAAAUCAAUAGCGAAAAGGAAGCUUCUGACUGAUGAGGAUGUGGAGGAUGUGAGGAGGGAGAUUCAGAUAAUGCACCAUCUUGCAGGACAUCCUAAUGUAAUUGCAAUCAAAGGGGCUUAUGAGGAUGCUGUUGCAGUUCAUCUUGUGAUGGAAAUCUGCAAAGGUGGUGAACUUUUUGAUAGGAUCAUUCAGCGCGGGCACUAUACAGAAAGACAAGCAGCUGAGCUUACGCGUACUAUAGUUGGUGUUGUGGAAACUUGCCACUCUUUGGGGGUCAUGCAUCGUGAUCUGAAACCAGAGAACUUCCUCUUUGUGAGUCAGGAUGAGGAUUCACCCCUUAAAACAAUUGAUUUUGGACUAUCAAUAUUUUUCAAGCCAGGUGAGAAGUUUACUGAUGUGGUUGGGAGCCCUUACUAUGUUGCCCCAGAAGUACUACGGAAACGUUAUGGUCAAGAAGCAGAUGUUUGGAGUGCAGGAGUCAUAAUCUACAUCCUACUAAGUGGUGUACCUCCUUUCUGGGGAGAAACCGAACAAGGGAUAUUUGAACAAGUCCUGCAUGGAGAUCUUGACUUCACUUCAGAUCCUUGGCCCAGUAUCUCAGAAGAGGCAAAAGAUCUUGUGAGAGGCAUGCUUGUUCGUGAUCCUAAAAAGCGACUGACUGCGCAUGAGGUUCUAUGCCAUCCUUGGGUGCAGGUUGAUGGUGUUGCACCUGACAAACCUCUUGAUUCUGCUGUUUUGAGUCGUCUGAAGCAGUUCAGGGCCAUGAAUAAACUCAAGAAAAUGGCUCUAAGAGUGAUUGCAGAUUGCCUAUCUGAAGAAGAAAUUGCCGGCCUCAAAGAGAUGUUCAAAAUGAUAGACACAGACAAUAGUGGCCAAAUUACUUACGAAGAACUCAAGGUCGGUCUUGAGAAGGCUGGUGCAAAUCUCAAGGAGUCUGAAAUUUAUGAUCUUAUGCAAGCGGCUGAUGUUGAUAACAGUGGAACAAUUGAUUAUGGAGAGUUCAUAGCCGCAACAUUACAUCUGAACAAAAUAGAAAAACAUGAUAAUUUAUUUGCGGCAUUUAAUUACUUUGACAAGGAUGGAAGUGGUUACAUUACUGCAGACGAGCUUCAGCAAGCCUGCGAGGAGUUUGGAAUGCAAGAUGCACGGUUGGAAGAAAUGAUAAGAGAAGCUGAUCAAGACAAUGAUGGACGUAUCGACUACAAUGAGUUUGUUGCGAUGAUGCAAAGCGGGAAUCCAAGAGCUGGUCCAGGUAAGAAAGGGCAAGGCCAAGACAACAAUUUCAACUUUGGAUUGAGAGAAGCACUAAAGAUUUAGGCUGCAUUUUUGUUGUUAUAAUUUACAGUAAAUGGUAAAACUUGUUUAUCCAUGGUUUAAGUAAUGUUAAAAAAAUGAGGUUGUAUAGCGGAGCAUGUUCUGAAAUCAUGGCUCUUAGUGUAAGCAGCAGCAUAUGUAAUUCCAAAAUUUUGAUGGAACAAAGGGGAAAAGUCAAAAAUAUCUAGUGUUUCUUUAUCA